AUGGCUUUCUCCCUCCUCACCAACGCAGCUGCCAUGCCCAGCCCUGUCACGUCUCCAGGCCCCGCGUCCCCAAUCCAAACCGUCAUCGUCGGUGGCCCAAACAACGACGGAGGCUUCAGCCCUCCCAUCCUGAGUGUCGGCCAAGGUAGCCGUGUCCACUUUGACUUUCUCGCAGUCAACCACACCCUCACCGAAACCACCUUCGAUCACCCAUGCCAGAAGAAAGACGGCGCCUUGAUUGACACGGACUUCAACAACGCGAACCCAGACAAUAUCCCCAACCUGCAUCCUUUUGACUAUACUUUCGCGUCUGAUGAAGCUCGGUACUUCUACUGCAAACAGGACGCUGGCACCCCUGAUAGCCACUGUGGCCAUGGGGAGGUGUUUGCUGUGAAUGUUGAUCAGGCGCGGUUUGAGGAGUUCCGGCAGAGGGCGAUGGACACCCUUGACGAGUAG